CCGUUUCACUUGUCCAUAGUCCUCCUCUUCUGUGUGCCUUCCCUCUGUUCUUCUUCUUCUUGCGCCUGUAAUUCGAAGAUUUGAUCUCUCUGUCUUUCUAUUUCUUCCUUAUUCUGACCAUUUGAGCUCGUUAGGGAGUUUAAAGGCUUGUUAUUCUGGAGCGAAUUACAGAGGUUGAAAGAUUCAAGAUCUCCGAUCGUCAGAAGGAUAGUGGCGGGUUCCUCUGUUGAUUCUUAUUUGGUUCAUAUGUUGUUAAAUUUUUUCUCGCGAACUGUUCGAGCUGUUUUUUCGGUUGGUUUGGUGUGUUGAUCGGGGUUUAAUCCUUUCACUGGGUCAUUGAUGCCGUUGCUACGCUGUAUCUGAAUUCAUAGCAGAUUUUUCUUGCUUGUUUUUAUUCUGGAAAGAAGAUUUUGAUGGAUUUUUGGCGUUCUUGUGACAACAUGCUUUCGAUUUGUUUGGAUGAAGCCAUGGAAUGUGUGCAGGGGAUUCAUCUGGCUGAUUAGCAGUUCUGAGCUGGGAGCAGUUUAAAAUUUGCACGAUAAUUUUCGAACAGUUAACGCGUCCACUUCCAUAUGGAAUUAUUGACUGUCCAUUUCCCUUCGUAGUAUUUUCAUUUGGGUAAUUGAAAUUAAAAAGGUUGAUUCCUAUCGGGUCUUGUGAUUCUGUGGAUAAGGGAAGAUAAUAAAAUAUUACGGUGGAGUGGAGUGUUUGGCACUGUUUGACACGGGAAAACAUCUUAACCGAUGGUGUCUGCAGCUAUCGCCAUUCAUGAUCAAAAUGGAGUUACCAGAUCUCGGGGUAGUAUUCCAGUAGGAAAUGGAGUAUCUUUGAGCUCUGGACUACAUUCUGUUGCACGGAUUCAUCUAAAUAAUCAGUUUUCUUGUGGGAAUGACUGUGCUCCAAAGGUAAGGAAACCGUAUACUAUCAGGAAACAAAGAGAGAGAUGGACAGAUGAAGAGCAUCUGAAGUUUCUUGAAGCUUUAAAGAUGUAUGGUCGGGCUUGGCGAAAGAUUGAAGAACAUGUUGGCACAAAAACUACAGUUCAGAUUCGAAGUCAUGCUCAGAAGUUUUUUUCUAAGGUUCUUCGUGAUCCUUGUGGGAGCAGCACAAGCUCGAUGGAGCCCAUUGAAAUUCCACCCCCACGACCAAAACGAAAGCCAAUGCAUCCUUACCCUCGUAAACUGGUGGAGCUCCCUAACAAAGAAGCUUCCAAACCAAAACAGCUGAUUAUGUCUAAUCCUCUGAAAUCAUCAGAUUUUAACCAGGAAAACCAAUCCCCCAAGUCAGUGUUAUCGGCAGUUGGUUCAGACACCCUUGGUUCCUCUGAUUCAGACACACCAAAUGGAAGCUCAUCCCCAAUUUCAUCAAUUAGUGCUGUUCAUGCUAACAACUUUGUAGUUGCUGAACCUGAAAUCCUACAAUUAGAGGAGGAUGGGUGUCCACCAUCAGCUGGACUAAAUGAUGAUUCAACUCUUGAUGAGCUACCAAAUAAGAAACACGAACUUCUCCAGAAAGAAGGAAUCUCUGCCAAAGAAGGUACAACAGAAGAAUCAUCUGCUCGGGUUCUGAAGCUUUUUGGGACAACUUUGUUAGUAACUGAUAACCGCGGGACAUCCUCUCAAACAAUGGAAACAUGCAAGUUGAUUCACUCAAACUUCUUGCCAGUGAAAUCUUCUGGCCCAGAUGUGGAAUGUGAUAUUAAUACUUUACCUAAUGGAACACAUGGUGUUGUUUAUAACAUGCAGCUUCAGAGUGGAAAUUCAGGGCUUGCAGAGUGUCCUUCUGCUUCUUUUGUUCCUUGUUGGAAUCUUCCUCACAUAAGGUUGCUGCACAAGAAGCAGCCUGAAGGAAAACAACUAGACUCCAAUCUUACGGAAAUGGAACGGGUAGAAGUUAAGAAUGAAGGAUCUUUGACUAACUCAAACACUAGCUCUUCUGUAAAUGAGGGUAAACAAUCAGAUAUGCAAGCCAAAAGAGAUACUUCAGCUAUAUUUGAUUUUGGUGGGAGACAGACGAACUGGGGGAAAGGGUUUGUGCCAUAUAAGAGGUGCAUUGCAGAGAGGGAAAGCCAGGCCUCAUCAGUGACAUAAGAGGAGAGGAAAGAAUAACGAAUUCGCCUUUCCUUGUAAUGAAUUUCCAAUAACGGAUUAUUCUUCGCAGUUGUUCCCAUUUUCAGCUCUUUCAGCUGGUAUGGAUAAGGAAGUAAAGGGACCUAAGAAUUGUGGAAAUUAUGGAACAAGAAUCCUCUAAAUUCACCUGUAACUUUAAGGAGGAAGAGGAGAGGUGGGGCUUGUCUAUGUAAUAUGUUGGACUCACUAAUAUGUCAUACGGGUUUCCCAUGUCUUAUUCUUCAUUCCUUGUUUCUCUCUGAACUUAAGGAGUGACUUUGAGGAUGUGUUUCAAAAUUUUUACAUUUUCCCAUACGUGCUAAGUUUAGUUACUUUGCUUUUGUUUAUUUACUUUCAGGUGUUUCAAGGAAAAAUCCACAAAAUAUUUUCCUUUUCCUCCCUCUCAUGCUCCCUCUGUGUGUUUGUGAACUUGAUUUGAUUUAGUGAGAGUUAAAUGUGAA